AGCUUAGAGUUAGCAAUUUAAGAAAUAGGACUCACAGAGGUCUCAGACUGACAGACCUUGAAGGAUCAGAAAGUGUAGUAACUCAUCCAAUCAGAAUCUCCAUUGUCGCACCAAUCAACUUGUUGCUUUUCAACCAAUAGUUUUAGAGCGCGGGACUUUUGAAAAGCAUCCAGACCAAUCAGAAUGUUUCUGAGCAUAUAUAAUGGCAAGCUGUUGCACUUCUUUCAUGUCACUGUGCGUUAGCUGACAUGGCUCGUACCAAGCAAACUGCUCGUAAGUCCACUGGGGGUAAGGCCCCGCGCAAGCAGUUGGCCACCAAAGCUGCCCGGAAGAGCGCUCCGGCUACCGGCGGAGUGAAGAAGCCGCACCGCUAUCGCCCCGGUACUGUGGCUCUGCGCGAGAUCCGGCGCUACCAGAAGUCCACCGAGCUGCUCAUACGCAAGCUGCCAUUCCAGCGGUUGGUGCGGGAGAUCGCACAGGACUUCAAGACUGAUCUGCGUUUCCAGAGUUCGGCCGUCAUGGCACUGCAGGAGGCCUGUGAGGCCUACCUCGUUGGUCUGUUUGAAGACACCAACCUGUGUGCCAUCCACGCCAAGCGGGUCACCAUCAUGCCGAAAGACAUCCAGCUGGCCCGCCGAAUCCGCGGGGAGAGGGCUUAACGCUAUCCCUGCUUCCAACAUCUCAAAAGGCUCUUCUAAGAGCCACCUA